AUGAGUAUCCUUAAAACAGGACAGUCCAGCCUGAAUCAUGGCACUGCUGAUGGCUGUUCAGACUCAGGAGCCGAUGAUGUACCCUAUAGCUCCAGGGAAAAUAUUCCUGACCAUGCCCAGGCCUCAGACUUUGAUAAUAUACUCCAGGAGAUCCAGGAGCUCCGGGAAAACAAAGGCCAACUUGAGGAAAGCUUUGAAAUCUUAAAAAACUGCCACCAAAAAGAAUACACUGCAAUUGGGGAGGCCCUACAAAAGGAGCGACACAGGAAUGAUGGUUUGGAGGAACGGCUCAAUGACUUGAUAGAACUGCACCAGAAUGAAAUUUUGAACUUCAAAGAUGAACUAGCAAGCAUGGGGGAGAGGUCUAACUUUCAGUCUAACAAAGAAGCAACAGAUAUUCAUGAAUCUCUGGAGGCCUGCCUGACUCAUCUGCUCAAGGUGGAGCAGCAGCAACUGCAGGCGGGGCAGCUUGAUGGUUUGGAGAAUGUCACAGCACGGACUGUCCUUGGAAAAUUAAUCAAUGUGCUGCUGGCUGUUAUGGCAGCCAUUUUGGAUUCAGGAUUGUAA